CGGCGGUCCUUGUGGGAGCUUGUCCAGUCACGCAGUGUGUAAUCGGGUCUGCGUAGCGCGCACUACACUUUAGUUGAACUAUCCUCCGUGAAAAAAAGCUGUAGGAGCAACUGGAACCCGAACAACUGACCCAGACAAACUCCUGUAGCAACACGAUGGUAAUUGCUUCCGCUUCCAAAUACCCAGAGACAGCCGCUAACUCCCUCUGGAUGAUUGACGGCAUUCAUUUCUCCUCUGCCAAACAGCGGUCACUAGAUAUGAGUGGAAUCUGCUGAGCAUGUGGGUAUUCGGUGUUCAAGCACUUCCAGCACAGACACGCACACACACGCACACACACAGACACGCACACACACGCACACACACAGACACGCACACACACACAGCCUGAUCAUGGCGACAGCGGCCGACGGCUGUCCUCCGGACCGGCGGGGCUGGGUGGAGUUCGUGGAGAACGCCUCGGGACCCCGGACGGAGCCCCCAGCAGUGGCUCAUGGAUUCUUGGAGUCUAGCUCCGCCCCUGCUGAUCCUUCAUCAGCUGGCUUGGCUCCGCCGGCACCGCAGAACGCCUGGGUUCUGUUCGAUGAGAACCCCUGGGCCUCCCCUCCACCUCCACCUCAGGUAAAAGCCCGCCACAGUGUUUGCUCAACGGCCAGCUUCUGGAGCACUGCACCCACUUCAGAGAGCAGUUGGACCGGCCAAUCGGAGCAGAGCUUGGCCAGCAGUGGGGCGUCGCCCUGUGACCUCAGCUCUGUGGACCCCGGCCCAGAGGAGCCGUCACUCACAAGCGCCGACGCGUGCACGUUCUCCAAAGACGAGGGCAUCGACGUGGACUCGCUCAGCUGCAGCUCCGGCGGCCGGCAGACGAGCAGCAGCCCGUCGGACGCGGCCGGCCGGCUGACCUCCUGGGUGACCUUCGAUGACGACGCCACCGGCCCGCAGCCGCCCCUCCCUCCCCCCGGGCCGCCCCCUCCUCCCGGCCUCCAGGAUGGCAACGGUAACCACGUGGUCGCCCGGGCUCGGAGCCAGAACCGGGGGCCGAACGACGGCCUCACGCAGCCCCCCCGGGACCCCCCGCUGGCGGGCGCCCAGCCUCCGGGGGACGGCAGCGCCUCCUACGCCAAGAGGAACCCGUUCAUCCACGAGGCGUUCAGUGACGUCAAGCCCUCCAGCCUCAACCCCUUCAGCUCCUUCUUCGGGGGCGGGCAGGAGGUGGGGCAGGGGUCCCCAGCAGGCGGUCGCCACCCUGAGCCCGGCUCGGACUCACCCUCCCCCGCACGCCAGACACAGAACCCCCCGGCAAACCUCCCCUUAGGGGGAGGAGGAGGAGGGGGAGGGGACCUUUUCCAGGACGGCCCCAUCACUAACGAGCUGCACUACCUGCGGAGCCUGCAGCCCUCUGACCCCGACGGCCCCGGUGGUGGGGGUCCCUCCGACGGAGACGAGGGCGUGGAGGAGGGCGAAGAGGCGCUGGAGCGGCCGGAGGAGGAGGAGGAGGAGCCCUACCUUCCUCCCCACAUGGUCCCCCAGGACGGCUGGGCCAUGCUGCUCCGCAUCCCGGAGAAGAAGACCAUCAUGUCGUCGCGCCACUGGGGGCCCAUCCACGUGCGCCUGUCGGACGACGGCUUCCUGCGGCUCUUCUACGAGCGCGGGCUGGACGCGCCCUUCAGGUCGCUGCGCCUGCUGCCGCAGCACCAGCUGUCGGAGCCCCGCCUCCAGAGCUACGAGGACGCCGGCCGCGUGCACACACUGAGCGUGGAGCUGCUGCAGUACCGGGAACGCCGGCGCUCCAAGCUGCCCGCCGCGCUGUCGCCGCUGCCCACCGUCCUCACGCCGCUGCGACAGCAGCUGGUCAAGCUGGCCACGCCCUGUUACCACGACUACCUGAGCUGCAGACACUCGCUGCUGCAGCUGCUGAGGCGGCUGCCCGGGCCCCCCCCGGGGCCCCCCGCCCCCCCGGGGCCCGCCCCCCCCCUGCCCUCCGAGGAGGAGAUGCACGUGGAGGUGAGGGACGAGUUCUACGGGGCGGCGGCGGCGGCCGGCGGGCGCGUGGAGCAGCAGCUGGUCAUCACCCGGGUCAGCGUGCUGGCGCUGGUCUCAGGCCAGCCGCGCUGCCAGCUGGGGCUCAACGACCUCCAGGUGAAGGGGAAGGAGCUGGUGUCUCGCCGGGACAUCGUCCCCAACAGCACCGCCCGCUGGAUCCGUCUGGACGGCCCCGAGCUGCACCCCCUCCACGCCGACUCCGCCCACUUCCUGUCCACGCGCGCCGUGACCUUCACGCCCCCGCCGCGCUGCCGCUUCGAGCUGCUCCGCUUCCGCACGCCGUUCUGCGGGCGGAGCCUGCCCUUCAGCCUGCGGACCACCGCCGCCGUGGCGGGGGCGGAGGUCGUGCUGCAGUCCUGGCUGCUGAUGGCGCCCGGGGGGGAGGAGCUUAACGCCGUGCCCUGUGAGGACGUGGCGAUCCGGUACCCCAUCCCUGAGAUCUGGGCCAAGAUCUUCCGGCGGGAGGGGGUGGGGGGGGAGCGCUCCCUGAAGGCGCGCUUCAACAAGGGGGCGGGGCUGGGCUGGGCCAGCCCCUCGGGGGCGGGGCUGGGCUGGGCCGGCCCCUCGGGGGCGGAGCCUGCCAUGAGGGUGACGCUGGGCACGGCCAAGUACGAGGCCGCCUUCAGAGCGGUGGUGUGGAGGAUCCCCCGCCUCCCCGACAAGAACUCAGCGCUGGGUCACCCGCACACCUUCUUCCUCCGCCUAGAGCUGGGCUCGGACCAGGAGGUGCCCCGGGUGCUGCAGCGCCAUCUGGAGGUGGAGUUCGACAUGCCGGCCGCCGCCGCCUCUCAGGCCACGGUGCGCUCGCUGUCCGUGGACGACCGGCCCGACGUCAGGAAGUGGAUCAACUACAAGGCCCACUUCUUCUACCAGGUCCCCAUAGAGCAGAAGAGGGAGGAUAUCCCGAACACAGGGAACACGCCUGCGGACCAGCCGGGAGAAUGUGCACAUCAGUGACGAAUGGCCCAGUGGAUCCACUGACUGAACUCCUUAGAGCGAUGUGGUGGAAAAGAGAUACAGGAAACAGAACAGGGAAACUUUUUGCACUUUGAAUCAAAGCCACCUGUUUUAUGGCAGGGCUUGUCUUUAGGGCCGGGUUUAGCUUUAGGGCGUGUCUUGUCUUUAGGGCGGGGCUUGUCUUUAGGGCGGGGGUUUUCUUUAGGGCGGGGCUUGUUGGUGUUACCUUCACAACGAGGUUGCUGGCGUCUUGUUUAGCACGAUUUCGGCUCACAUGUAAUACCAUAAAACGAACGGCUGUUUUUUGCCUGUUUGAGGUACAUUACUAACUGAUUUUGGAUUAUUAAUCUAUAGCAUUAUCGUCAGGGUGGAAUUCUAUUUUUACUUUAAUGUAUGUAAUCUAAGGGACAAACUGAGUGGGUUAGCUGCCUAUCUAAUUUGCUAUGUGCCAUGUGAGAUUACAGACACACAUUUUGUACUUUUCUAUCGGAGGGUUGCCCACUUUGUUAUUGUGGCCUUAUUGAGUGUAAAAUGAGCUGCAGUGGUCUGCAACCAAGCGGUACAUGUUGGCUUUGUUUAACUGGAUUGAACUGGAUACUGAAAGUGGCGUUAUAAGGACCCUGUUGUUCUAUUAUGAAUGAAUUAAGUAUCUUUAUGAACAUGCUUGAACAACAGUGUGGUUUCAAAUGUGCCUGCAGAGUAAGGUAUGGAUGUAUUCAUUUAUUCUGCUACAAAUCAAUAUCAUCUCAAUUAUGAUGAGGAUUACAUGGAAAUGUGUCAAUAUUAAUACAAUUUGCUUUCAGUAUAUAAACCUUUGGUUUGGUCAGUAUUUGGCUUACAUUCUCAAUACGAUACAUUAUUUGGUAAUGCUAAACAUAGCUUUAUGAUGUCAAGAUCAAAACCGUUUUGUGUCUUAAAUGUUUAUUUUUCCUCUUUUUACUUUAUGUGAACCUCAUGUCCAAUGUGCACCUGUACUACUAAUGUAAAUGGACAGCAGUGGCAGGCUGACUAAACAAGCUGUACUGAUCCUGAUCUGUUGAUGAAUAAUAGAUUAAAGUGUUUUCUAGCUUUAA